UAAUUGAUUUUGACAGUCUAAUAAAUUAAUAAAAAUAAAAAUGUAUUUAUGUUUGUGAUACAUAUGUGCUGCAAUGAAUAAUGUUAGAAAAUAUGCCUCCAUUCCGUCGAAAAAAAUCGGGGAAAAGUUUCCCAGUGAAAGUUUGUACUCUCGACGCAGAACUAGAGUUUAAUCUAGAGUGGCGUGCGACAGGAAGAGAUCUUUUCGAACUAGUAUGUAGAACAAUAGGCUUACGAGAAACCUGGUAUUUUGGGUUACAGUAUGAAGAUUCCAAAGGUUUUAUAUCUUGGCUUAAACUGGACAAGAAAGUUCAGGACCAAAGCAUACAAAAAAAUCACCAGACAGCUUCGUUUAUGUUCUUGGCCAAGUUCUAUCCCGAAGAGGUAGCAGAGGAACUUGUUCAAGAGGUCACACAACAUUCGUUUUUCCUCCAAGUAAAGCAGGCGAUAUUGUCUAUGGACGUCUAUUGUCCGCCAGAGGCUUCGGUAUUAUUAGCUAGUUAUGCUGUACAAGCAAAGUUUGGUGACUUUGAUGAAGACACUUACAAACCUGGCAUGCUGGCUAGCGAAGACUUGUUGCCUCAGAGAGUUAUAGAUCAGUAUCAAAUGACGUUAGAGAUGUGGGAAGAAAGGAUAAGGGUGUGGUAUGCUGAUCACAGAGGAAUGUCUCGUGACGAGGCAGAAAUGGAAUACCUGAAAAUAGCCCAGGACCUAGAUAUGUACGGAGUCAAUUAUUUCCCAAUAAUGAAUAAAAAAGAGACUGAUUUGUGGCUCGGUGUGACGGCUUUGGGCCUGAACAUUUAUGAGAAGGAGAACAAGCUGCAACCAAAAACGACCUUCACUUGGUCGGAAAUUAGACAUAUCAGUUUCGAUGAUAAGAAGUUCAUCAUCAAACCGGUUGAUAAAAAUGCACCUAAUUUUGUGUUUUUCAGCCAGAAAGUAAGGAUGAACAAACUGAUAUUAGAUUUGUGUAUGGGAAACCACGACCUCUUUAUGAGACGGAGGAAGCCGGAUUCGAUGGAACUACAACAAAUGAAAGCGGCAGCGAAAGAAGAGAAACAAAGGAGGCAGGUCCAACGAAAUCGAUUGGCUAGAGAGAAACAGUUGAGGGAAGAAGCUGAGAGAGACAGAGCUAAUAUGGAACAAAGAUUGUUGCAGUAUCAAGAGGAGAUACGACUGGCCAACGAAGCUUUGAGGCGAUCAGAGGAAAGUGCGGAUCUUUUAGCGGAAAAAAGUAGAGUAGCCGAGGAAGAAGCUAGGCUUCUGAGUCAAAAGGCCGCAGAAGCUGAGCAAGAAAUAACUAGGUUAAGAUUAACUGCCAUGAGAAAAGACGAAGAAAAGGUCUCUCUAGAAAGAAAAACGAGGGAAGCGGAGAUGUUGACUGCUAGACUCGUGGAAGAGUCGGAAAAGAGGGCGGCGGAAGCGAAUAAACUGAAGGAUGAACUUUUGAAAGCACGUGCUGCCGAGAAACAAGCUAAAGAGAAGCUUCUCGAUUUUUUAAGUCGCACCACAUCUUACACGGGAUCGAAUACAGCGUCUCCAAUAUCAUCCGUCACAACCCUCUAUGCACCACCUUUGAGCCCUGGAUAUGGAGCAGACUUGUCUAUUUUAGACAGCGAGGCGUCCACUUCGCCAGACUUAAACUUGAAUUUAAACUCUUACGAUCUGAUAGCUCACGGGGACGCUGAUCAACUCUCAUUAGAGAUUGAAAAAGAACGGGUGGAUUAUUUGGAGAAGUCGAAGCACCUGCAGAAUCAACUGCGGGAGUUGCGUAGCGAGAUAGCGGUACUAAAGGUAGGUGAUAAGCAGAACGACUACGACCAGUUGCACGAGGAGCAGGUGAAGAUGGGAGAGAACAAAUAUUCGACCCUAAAAAAAAGCAAAUCUGGUUCGACAAAAAGCAGAGUUGCAUUUUUUGAGGAGCUGUAAAGAUAUUAUAUUUACAAGUUAUAUUUAUAUGACAAUAAGUACAUAAUAAAUAUUUUU